UACAUACAAUGCAUGUGUAUAUAUACAUCAAAUAAACAUCUCACAUUUUUACAAUUUUUUACCAAAUUUUUAUAAUCAAAUCACCGCGUAAAUAUCUUUGUGAAAUAAGUGAUCUAAAGAAAAUGGCAGCUACUGGAACAAAUAAUUCUACGGCUAGACCGCCACCGAAUCCGUCUCCGUUACGUUCUGCAAAGUUUUUUCAGGCGAAUAUGAGGAUAUUGGUUACUGGAGGAGCCGGUUUCAUUGGGUCUCAUUUAGUGGAUAGGUUGAUGCAAAAUGAAAAGAACGAGGUGGUAGUUGUAGAUAAUUACUUUACUGGAUCAAAGGAUAAUUUAAGACAAUGGAUUGGUCAUCCAAGAUUUGAACUUAUUCGACACGAUGUCACAGAGACAUUGUUGGUUGAGGUUGAUCAAAUAUACCAUCUUGCUUGUCCUGCUUCCCCAAUUUUCUACAAACAUAAUCCUGUUAAGACGAUAAAGACAAAUGUCAUUGGAACUUUGAACAUGUUGGGACUUGCCAAGCGAGUUGGAGCAAGGAUUUUGUUAACUUCAACUUCAGAGGUUUAUGGAGAUCCUCUUGUGCAUCCUCAGGAUGAGAGCUAUUGGGGAAAUGUCAACCCUAUUGGAGUUAGGAGUUGUUAUGAUGAGGGAAAGAGAGUAGCUGAGACUUUGAUGUUUGACUACCAUAGGCAGCAUGGGAUAGAAAUAAGAAUUGCUAGGAUCUUCAAUACUUAUGGACCUAGAAUGAACAUUGAUGAUGGUCGUGUCGUCAGCAAUUUUAUAGCUCAAGCCAUCCGAAAUGAACCGUUAACUGUUCAGUCACCUGGAACUCAAACUCGAAGUUUUUGUUACGUCUCUGACAUGGUUGAUGGUCUUAUUCGACUUAUGGAAGGAAAUAAUACAGGCCCAAUCAACCUUGGGAAUCCAGGUGAAUUCACAAUGCUUGAACUUGCAGAGAAUGUGAAAGAGCUGAUAAAUCCUGAAGUGAAAAUCAUACAUGUGGAAAACACACCUGAUGAUCCUCGACAAAGAAAGCCAGUGAUUACCAAGGCAAAGGAAGAGCUAGGUUGGGAGCCCACAAUUACAUUGCGCGAUGGCCUGCCCCGUAUGGAGGACGACUUCCGCAAGAGGCUUGGAAUUCCCAAGACUGCAUGAGGGCUGUGUUGAUCACAAGUUUAAGAGUAUAUCAUAUGAGUGCCCUUGAGAGACAAUACCCUGUUUUUGCAAUUUCAUCUUGUGUGUGUUCUAAUUGUUACAUUGUAUACUCGUUUUCUUUUAUUGGAAAUGAGCAGUCGAUUAUCAAGUUAUAUGCUGAAAUCAUUUUUGUGUA